UUUCCAGCUGCCUUCAGCAGCGAACACAAAGCCACAUUUCAAAAGAGACUGACAAAUUAUCACCAGCUGCCAGAAGGAGAAUUCCUUUCUGGACGCCUUCCUGCCUCCUGGGAGUUAUUAACCCAACCUGCUUCAAGAAUGAACCUCACCAAGAUUCUCGGAGGAAUGGUCUUCUUCACUUUCGUGCUUUCCAGCUAUUCUGAGCAAAACCAAGUGAAUGUCCUGUGCUCAACAGAUUGGUUCAUGGUCACCGUUCACCCCUUCUUGCUGAAUAAUGACGUCUAUGUACACUUUCAUGAGGUGCACUUGGGCCUGGGUUGUCCUCCCAACCACGUUCACCCACACUUCUACCAGUUCACCUACCGCGUUACCGAAUGUGGCAUCCGCAUCAAGGCCGUCUCUCCAGAUGUCGUCAUCUACAGUUCUGAGAUUCACUAUGCGUCCAAAAGCUCGUCAUCCAGAUACGUGAUCCCUGUGUCGUGUGCUGCUCCUCGACGGUCCCCUUGGCUCACUAAGCCCUACUCCGUGAAGUCAGAUAGUGAGAACAUGGCCAAGACCCAGAAGGAUGCCGGGACCCAGAAGAAUGGGACCAGCUACCCGAUCUUCAGCUUGCCAGAGCCUAGCCAACAGUCCAACUCCAGCUGCCCAUCUUAUGCCUUCAAGCAAGAGAGCAUGUAAAGCCCACAUCAUGGGGCAGAGUUUUGGAAGCCCAUCUUGUGUAGUCAUCUGACUUCACUAAUAUUUCUGGGAACUACUGUGUCCACUCAGAUGAUCUGAGGAAACCCAUGUAGUGCCCAGAUUUCAGGGCUUCUUGAAAAUUCUGUUUCUAGAAUUAGUAUGUAGCAUUUUCCAUUGUCAGUCAAAUAAGUGCCAUUACAGCUCUAUUAGGAGAAAAUUAUGAAGGGCCAAUUCUUAUAUAGCUGAUUUUAAGC